AUGCAGAAGCCAUGUCUUCUCUCCUGCUUCCUCUUCUUCUUCUUCAUUCUACAACUAUCUUUCUCUUGCCCACAAGACCAAAGACAAUCCCUUCUCGAGUUCAAGAACCUGCUGACGCAGAGCAUCAAGAACCAAUCCACAGCAGAAAUCGACUUGGGAGGUUUAAAGUCAUGGAGGCCAAACUCAGACUGCUGCAAAUGGCAACUCGUGAGAUGCAACGCUCUUUCGCCUUCCAGAGAAGUCAUAGACCUGAAUCUGAACUCUCUUGCCCCCUCUGGCUCAGUGAGUUCAAGCCUUCUGAGACCGAUCCUUCGUAUAACCUCUCUUGUAUCGCUCGAUGUUUCUUCUAAUUUCAUACAAGGAGAGAUUCCUGGAGAUGGAUUUGCGAACUUGACCAGGCUUCUCUCUCUAGACUUGAGCCGUAACAGCUUCAACGGCUCUAUCCCUCCUCAAUUUUUCUCCUUGAAGACUCUUCAGCGCCUUGACUUAAGCAUGAAUGUUAUUGGUGGUACAUUGAGUAGUGACAUCAAAGAGCUCAAGAAUCUGGAGGAACUCAUCUUGGAUGAGAAUCUCAUUAGAGGAGAGAUCCCACCAGAAAUAGGUAGUCUUAGUGAAGUGCGGAAGCUGUCAUUGAAGCAGAACAUGUUCUCUGGUCCUAUACCGUUGUCAGUGUCUCAGUUAACGAAGCUAGAAUUCUUUGAUCUUCAGAACAACUCCAUGUCCUAUGAGAUUCCAGAAGGUAUUGGGAGCUUGGCCAAUCUCUCAACUCUGGCUUUGAGCAGGAACAAUUUGUCUGGUGGCAUUCCAUCAUCGUUUCAAAAGCUGACCAAUCUUGAAACACUUCAGAUUGAGAAUAACGUUGGCUUGUCAGGUGAGAUCCCCACAUGGCUGUUUGGUCUUUAUAGUAAAAAGUAA